AUGGAAACUAGACAUAGUUAUGGAUUCUUGGUCAUAAGCAGUGCGGGAAUCAUCCUCAACACACUGCAGAUCACCAUGAUACUUAGGGAGAGAGAUCGUCGCCAUCCGUUCAAGAUUUCGAUUUUGAGUCUCGCAAUUGCCGACCUGCUUAUCUGCUUGGGAUGCGCUGUAUUCAGCAGCUUUAAUCUUGUUGGUGACCCUGAGCUCCAGCCUUAUCUCAGCUUCAUUUAUGUGACAGUUGCACCUGUUUCGGUCACAUGCUCUUCUCUUCAUUUGAUAUUCAUUACGCUGCAGCGACUGAUAGCAGUCCGGUUUCCUCUAAGCUGCAGCCGCAUCAUGACUACAAAACGAUGCGUUCUAGUCUUGCUGAUGAUCUGGGCCAUUUCAACGACACCAAUUCCCUUUCCAGGGAAACUUAAGUACUUGAUGGGCGCUGCCACAUUGAUAUGCGGAGUUGUGCUGGCAGUGGCUUACAGCUUCAUUGGAUACCUUCUUACGAAACGUGGCAAUAUCGCAUCGUCAGCUGCCCAGUCAUCUCAAAACACCUAUGUCCUUGCAUACGCGAUAACGCUCACAUCAGUCUUUAUUUUCUGCACCUUCCCGCUGAGCUUUGAGAUUAUCACAAAAAUAGGAAAGAGAAAUACUUCCAAUUCAAAUCGUGGCGUUGUUGCAAUGACUUUCUUGUACUGGCUCAACCCAUUGAUGGACCCGAUUGUCUAUGUCUUGCUUAAAUUCUUCAAAAGAGGAAUUAAUAAAUGCAGCCGCAAGCAAGGGAGAAUGGUUGCCUUUUCAGAAAACGAUAGAAAAUUCAAAUGUCAAUCAUCAGAGGGGGUGACUAUUUGUUCCAAGGUUUGA